GUUUAUCGGAUUUUCCCCUGAAAUUCAAGUUGACGAAUCAGUCCUGAUGAUGAUGAUGGAGUGAAGCCUGGAGUGAUGGACACCCUGAGGAAGAGUUCUGAAGAAGACGACGAUGCUGGGGGGCGGGGCCUCCUCCACACCUGGAAAGGUUACUCGUACAGCGUCACCCCAGAGAGGCUGCUCCUCCGGCGGCCGGUGCUCCAGGUGGCUCUGGGAGCGCAGCAUGGUGUGCUGCUGGUGGAGGGAGGACAGGUGUACAGUUUUGGUGAGUUGCCAUGGAAACAGCGACCAGCAUCAGAGGCGGUGGAGCCGACGCUGGAGAGCGCGCUCGGUGGGCAGCGAGUGGUCACCGUGGCAGCAGGGAGCUUCCACAGCGGCGCCGUGACAGAGGACGGCGGCGUCCACAUGUGGGGGGACAACGGCGCGGGGCAGUGCGGCCUGUCGGGCCUCAGCUUGGUCCCCAACCCGACGCCGCUGGCCCUGCUGGACUCCAGCGGCGCUCAGACGGUGCCGGUUGUGGAGCUGGCCUGCGGGGAGAAGCACAGCCUGGCGCUGUCGGUGCAGAGGGAGGUGUGGGCGUGGGGCGGAGCCACGGUCCCGCCUUGGAAACCUCAGAGGGUGGAGGGGCUGGCGGGGCGGUGCGUGCUACAGGUGGCCUGCGGGGCGGACCACAACCUGGCACUGGUCCGCUGUCUGGGCUCUAAGGAGGUCCAGCGCCCCCCUGUGGACAAAUGCAACCAGUGCAACCAGCUGCUGUUCACCAUGACGGACAAGGAGGACCACGUGAUCAUCUCUGACAGCCACUUCUGCUCGCCGCGGGGGGAGGACGGGCUCCAGGCGCCACCUCCCACCCAGAUCCUCAAAAGCUCUCCAUCUGAGCCAGUUCUCCCCUCCUACGUCACCUCUUCUCCAAUCCCAGCAGCCCCUUCUCCCAAAUCACGCACCGACCCCACCUCUGAGCCCUCCAGCGCUCAGACCUCAGAGGGGGCGGGGACUGUUUUAACCAACGGAGAGCAGCCGACCCCGGACUCCAAUGGGUCGGUUCAGUCUAGAUCGGGUUCUGCUGCCCCCGGGGUUAAAAGUUCCCCUUAUCCUGACGAGCAGGCGGUGAAGGAGUACCUGAGGAAGCUGUCGGACUGCACGCAGACCGCGUCAAAGAUGCCGCCUUCAGGAGCUCAGGGUUCCUCCACCCUCAACAGCCUGGUGGCCUCCUGCGCCUCUGCGGUGAGCGAGCGCGUCGCCUCCACCUACGAAGCCUUGUCCCUGAGGAAGAUGAUGAACUUCUACCUGCCGUCUCGCUCGGAGGCGCUCGGCGGCGUGAGUGACAACGCCGCGGAGCGAGUCCGUCAGGAGGACUCUGUGCAGGCCAAGAAGAGCUCCAGCACAGGGGACAUCUGCGAGGAGGAGACGGAGAGUCUGCGGCGUCGCCUGUCGCUGCCUGGACUCCUCUCUCAGGUGUCGCCGCGGCUGCUAAGAAAAGUGGGCCGUCCCAGGAUCCGUGCCUCAGCCUUCACCCCGAUGGAAGGAGGCGUCCCCGACGCGCCGGAAGUUCUGCCCACCCUGCAGACAGAGGUGUGGAGCUGGGGACAAGGCGAGGACGGCCAGCUGGGGCACGGAGACAAUUCGGUCAGGCUGCAGCCACAGUGCAUCAAAAGCCUGAACAACAAGGAGGUGGUGCGGGUGGUGGCCGGGGCUCAUCAUUCUGUCGCUCUAACGGCUCAGUCUCAGGUGUUCUCAUGGGGCAGCAACAGCGCCGGUCAGCUCGGACACAUGGAGGCCCCCAGCACCAUCCCCCGCCUUGCAAAGCUGUCAGAGGGAAUCCGGGUUUGGGACGUGAGCGCCGGAGAGAGGCACACCCUCCUGCUGGCGGACGGAGACUGCAUCCAGCCCAUCAUUUACUACAGCGGGCAGCAGGUGAAGGACGAGGAGGAGAAGGCGGGUCAGGAGGAAGGAGGAGAGGAAGAGGAGGAGAAUCAAGCGGGGGCCUACACCCAGCAACCUGUCCUGCUGCCUUUCUGCAUGAACCUCGGUUUUGUGAACAGCGUGUUUGCCGGCGGUCUGAGUUGCGUGGCGCUCUCAGACCGUAAUGUGAUGGGCUUCAUCGCCGGCCUCCACGAGCUGGCGUCCGCCGAGAGAAAGUUCUACUGCAAGCUGUGCAGCAUCAGGUCGCAGGUCCUCCGCCCCCUGCUGGAGCUGGAGUCCCUAAGCUCAGCACUAGGCCAGGUGACCUUUGAGCUCCUGCAAAUGCUGGCUGGUCGGUUUAGCCUCUUGUGUCACCUGACCGGGCAGCACGCUGUCAGCCUCACCGCUAAUAUCCGCCGCUGCCGCGAUGUGAAGAGCCUGCUGAUCCUUGACCACACUAGCAUCUUCCUCGACUCCUACAACGAUUACUGCAGUGCUGUGGGCAACUUUCAUGUCAUGGGAGGCUUCCAUGCUUUAACAAAGCCAACCCUAGACAUGUUUGGGAAAAGUCCCGAGCUGCUGCAGAGGCUGUCGGAGUGCAGCGAGGAGAACCCAGUCGUGUCGGACCUCUUCGUGGCGCUCUUCUACCUCCCAUCCCUCCACCUUCACGAGUACGGACGGCUGCUGCUCAAACUGGGCACCUGCUUUGAAGUGUGUUCCAGUGAGUAUCAGAAGCUGCAGGACAGCUGCUCCAAGUUUGAAGCUUUUACUGUCCAGCUGAAGAGAAAAAGGAAAGAGGCUAAUUACACCUUUCACUUCUGGAAGAGCUUUCCGGGCAAAAUGACGGACUCUCUGAGGAAGCCCCACCGCCGACUCAUCUACGAGAGCAGCAACAAGUCUCUGACCCUGCAGAACGCCGGCAGGUUCUCCGUCAACUGGUUCAUCCUCUUCAAUGACUCCCUGGUGCACGCGCAGGGCGUGGCGCCGCAUAAAAACCCAUUUUCCACCCAUCACAUUUUCCCAUUGGCCACGCUGUGGGUGGAGCCGAUGCCUGAGGACGACACUGGACUACAGGGGUUAAAGGUCAUCACACCCGAGGAGACGUUCACGCUGCUCGCCUCGUCCCCCACAGAGAAGUCCAAGUGGCUUCGUGCCAUUAACCAGGCCGUGGCUCACGCUCUGAGUGGGGCAGGGAGGAACGCAGGUGGUUCAGGACCCAGGUCCGAACCGCCCAUCUGCAGGACGGCGUCCUACACUUUUUAUAAAGACGGGCGCUUCAAAGAGGCGACGUACGAAGGUCACUGGCUCACUGGGAAGCCCCAUGGCAGUGGAGAGUUAAAAUGGCCUGAUGGCAGAAUUUACACUGGAUCAUUCAAGAACGGACUGGAAGACGGCUUUGGGGAGCUUGUGGCUCCUAAUAAGACACUAAACAAGAAUGAUCUCUAUCAGGGAUAUUGGAAAGAGGGCAAGAUGCACGGCCUGGGGUCAUACAGGUAUGCCAGUGGUGAGGUCUACGACGGUUCCUUCCAGGACGGCGUGCGACACGGCCACGGCAUGCUGCGCAGCGGGAAGCACAACACGUCCUCCCCCAGCGUCUUCAUCGGCCAGUGGCUGCAGGACAAGAAAACAGGAUAUGGAGUCUUUGAUGACAUCACAAAAGGAGAAAAGUAUAUGGGUAUGUGGCAGGACCACCAGCGGCAGGGCACCGGGGUCGUCGUCACUCAGUUUGGUCUUUACUACGAAGGAGCCUUUAAAGACAAUAAGAUGAUGGGGACGGGAGUCCUUCUGUCAGAGGACGAUACGACCUACGAGGGGGAUUUCUCCGACGAUUGGACCCUCAGUGGAAAGGGUGUUCUGACCAUGGCGAAUGGAGACUAUCUGGAGGGCUCGUUCAGCGGCGAGUGGGGGUCCGGUCUGAAAGUGACCGGUUCCUACUUCAAACCCCACCUGUUUGACUUUGACAAGGACAAGAACCGGGCCGUGAAGUUGGGCCGUCUGUGUGUGUCCGCAGAGGACAAGUGGCAGGCUGUGUUCGAGGAGUGUUGGACCCAGAUGGGCUGCGAGGCGCCGGGCCAAGGGGAGAACCAGAAAGCCUGGGAGAGCAUUACGGUGGCGCUCACCACCAACCGUCAGCACGUGCAGGACAGUCCAGAGACGUUGUCUCGGAGUCACAGCAAAACUCUGGAGAGUCUAGAGGUCGUCCCGCAACACGACGGACCCAUCACCGUGGAGAGAUAUCACACCAUCCGCCUCUACCUCCUCCAGGCGUGUGACACCCCCCUCCACCCACUGGGCCGGCUGGUGGAGACCCUGGUGGCGGUGUACAGGAUGACGUACGUCGGCGUCGGAGCGAACCGUCGGCUGCUGCAGCAGGCGGUCAAGGAGAUAAAGUCCUACCUGAACCGAAUCUUCCGGAUCGUCAGGUUUCUGUUCCCAGACCUGCCAGAAGAGGGCGGUCUAAUCCCAGAGGCUACGGAGAGCACACUGCAGCCCGGCUCCGACGCCCCCGUGGAGCCACCCAGACCCGGCCGCGUGGUGAGCAGCUUCGCCCUGCUGCUCCCCGUCCUGCUGCCUCGCCUCUACCCGCCGCUCUUCACCCUCUACGCCCUGGAGAAGGAGAAGGAGGACGACGUGUACUGGGAGUGCGUCCUCCGCCUCAACAAGCAGCCCGACCUCGCCCUGCUCGCCUUCCUGGGCGUCCAGCAGAAGUUCUGGCCCGUUUCACUCCCAGCCUCUUUGACUGUUUUUGAGAAAAAGCAGCAGGUCAUCCCGAGCACCAAAGACGCCUGUUUCGCUUCCGCGGUGGAAACUCUGCAGCAGAUCAGCACAACGUUCACCCCGUGCGACAAGCUGCAGGUGAUCCAGCUCACCUUCGAGGAGAUCACGCAGGAGGUGCAGUCGCUGCUGCAGCAGGACUUCCUGUGGUCCAUGGACGACCUGUUUCCCGUCUUCCUCUACGUGGUGCUGCGCGCUCGGAUCAGGAACCUGGGGUCAGAGGUCAGCCUGAUAGAAGACCUGAUGGAUCCCUGCGUUCAGCACGGAGAGCAUGGCAUCAUGUUCACCACCUUGAAGGCCUGCUACUACCAGAUCCAGCACGAGAAGGUCACAUAAGACCCGGUCCUCGUCCUUCCUGCUUUCAGACCUGCAGGCGGCGAAUCGACUGCAGUCGUCAUGGAGACGGGAGUCGCCCUUUGUUUACGU